UCCCUAUUACACCAUCAAAUAUCUUUGACAAAGAUAUUGGACAAAGAUAUUGGACAAAGAAAUUUGAUAGUGUAAUACCGGCCUAAGCCACUGAAAACAUUGUGUGGUUUGAUUCCAUGAGCUCGUAUAAACAGUCGUUCAAAGAUCUUCAUUUCGGAAGCUGACGGCUGCGAUAUUGCAUCUCUAUGUUUAUGUUACAGCUAGUCUGUUGUGCGUUACGGUUAUGUUUAGUUGUAGAUUAGUUAGUUGUGUGUAACAUUACUGUUGCAAAUGGCGAAUGAUAGAGAAAUACUGAGAGAGAUUUGGAAUGGGCGGAUACCGACGUGUUUUCAUUUAAAUUCAGAAGAAGUGCAUGACGUUCAGGUUCCUGAUCCAGUGUACCUGAUGAUACCCAGGUUAAGCUAUUUCCCAUUAGUGACAGACAAGAUACGUAAACAUUUCAUUCGUCAUAUACAUCCAGAUAAACAGAAUGCAGAAAUGUGGCUGGACUACAAUGGUCAAGCUCUGAAAUGGCAUUAUCCAAUUGGUGUCCUUUAUGACUUGUACGCAUCUGAAAGUAACUUGCCUUGGAAUAUAACUGUACAUUUUGAAAAAUUUCCUGAAACAGAAUUACUUCACUGCCCUGGUAGAGAAGCUGUGGAAUCACACUUCAUGGCCUGUGUGAAAGAGGCGGAUGUUCUAAAACACAGAAGUCAAGUUGUAUCAAACAUGCAAAAGAAGGACCAUAUGCAGUUGUGGCUUGGACUGCAGAAUGAUAAGUUUGAUCCAUUUUGGGCAACCAAUAGAAAACUCAUGGAAGUUACUGGUGAUGAGACAUUUAAGUAUAUACCAUUCCGCUGUUAUAAUAGUGAGGAGCCAUUCCUUCAGAAACUGGUGAAACCUGUGACAGAAGAGGGGCAGCGCAAAACCCUUCAGCAUUUGCUACAAGAAGUCUACCCAAAUUUACCCAAUGUACGAGUGGUAACCCACGGAAUUGAACCUCCACUAGACACUCCUCUGCAGUGGAUGAGUGAACAUCUCAGUUACCCAGACAACUUCCUGCAUUUGUGUGUUCACACAUAACAUUUAAGCAUAUAGCUUUAUUUUCUUAUUAAUUUAUGGACUUUAUAAAUUUCAUGUUAUUUUCUCUGUGAGACUAGUUGUUUUUGUUUUGCUGUUUAUUUUAUGUAUUAUUUUAUAUUUUUAUAUUUAAGAUACCUGCCUAGUCCACUAUCAUGUAUACAUUUUGUGGUGCAAUGGAGCAGUUUUCUGUUCUCUUGUCCAUGUUGUGCAAAAUUGUAUUAGCUCAUAAUGUCUUAGGUUUGGUUAUAAUUAUAGAGUACACAGGUGGGAAUUCUUAACAUGUACAUUUUGAGUGUAAUUGUAUUAAAUGUAUUGGAAUGAAAGUAUGCUCUUUGAAAUGCUUUACUAGAUUAUAUUGCUUUGUAACUGGGUGUGUAAAAUUGUGUUAUGAAUCUCAUUUAAAAUUCUUCAUUUUUAUUGUCCAUGAUAUAAGUGAGGCACAUAUUCUGGAUUGUUGAGUAAACUUGUGUACAUUUUUGUGCACAUUUGUAUAUUGUCACUUAGUCUUAACAGAUAACCUUAUACAGUGGAUCAAAAUACCUGUUUAGAAUUUCUUAUUUUAGAAAACUAGAAUAUAUAUGGUUGCUUGUGCAUAGCAGUAUUUUCAGUAAUGAUAGACUGUGGAAAUUUGUAAUUCAUCCAGAAUUUGAUUAACAGUUACAUUCUAUAAAGUGAGUUAUUUGAGAUAUAGUUUGCAGUCGUAAUGUGCUUCUCUUCACAUUGCUGCUUUUCUACUCAAAACAAAGAAAAAAACUUGUCUGAUAUUCUCUGUAGAAGUUUAUGAAGACACCUGCUCCAAAUCAGGAAUACCAAGUUGCUAUUGGUUUUCUUAACAUCAAUAUCCACCCAGUAAUUCAUGCAUUUUUUAUAUCCCAGUUGUACUAUGCUCUUACGUACCGUGUUUUAUGUAUACGAGUUUAUUUCUGUGAUAAGUACAUUUUAAAGUUAGCAUUAUUGCAAACAGUAAACAGAGUGACACAGCAGUUUAUAAUUUGUGUGUGUGUGUGUGUGUGUGCGUGAGUGUGUGUGCGUGCGUGCGUGCGUGCGUGUGCGCGCACGCGCACGCGUGUGCGUGCUUGUAAAAAGUUGCAGAAAUUUGAACUUAAUGCACUCCUCAGUAUUGUUACAAAUGGAGUGCUGUGACACACAGUGUGGAUAAAUAAUCUCUCAAUUGAGUCCCAAGUUGCUUCAAGAAAAAGGAACAAUUUGCCACUGUCAUUGAAAGAUAUUUCAGCAGAAGAUGCAUAAAAUACUGUUUUGUAAGGCCUGAAGGUGAACCUCGCAUUAUUUCCAAGUUUCAGAGUUAUUUGCUUAGGAUUUUAGUCUAGACUGCUGUCAGAGAUGCUUAAAACAUUUAUCAUGCAAAAGGCUGUGUAUGCUAAAACAUAAGAAGCCACAAUUAAAUGUUGAUCAGCAAUAUCAUUUGGUAUUAGAAAUGCACAUUGUCAUUUGGCCAUCACUUAUUCAUUAUUUGAGGUGGAAUUUAUAAGGAAAAAGCUGUACGUUUUUGUCAGGGUUGGUGUUUCUUGAAUGAAUUUUUUACCGUGCAGAGAGAGAGUGUGUGUGUGUGUGUGUGUGUGUGUGUGUGUGUGUGUGUGUGUGUGUGUGCG